AUGGUGGCCGCCGCCUAUUCGCCGUCUCAUCUCUCUCGCGACCCACACCUCUUCUGUAACUCUCUUUAUCCCACUCACCUCCACCAACUCAGAAUCAUCCCCCAUAACGCCCUCGCUUUUCCUCCUCUCAAGCCCCAUCCAAAACCUUCCCUCUCUAUACCGGCUUCCCAACAACAAUCCCCCUCAAUUUCCCAAAUUCCUCACCGCCCAGAUGCUAAAACCAUCUCCUCUUCCUCAAAAAGCUAUAUCUGGGUCAACCCCAACAGCUCCAGGGCAUCAAAGCUCAGGCGCAAUUCCUACGAUUUCAGGUAUGCUUCUUUAGUCCAAGCUUCCCAACAAUUGGACUCGUGUGACCCUGUAGAAGCUGACGUUAUUAGUAUUUUGGCUAAUUUGGGUGGCAAAGUUGUAGAGCAAGAUGCUGCCGUUGUGCUCAAUAACAUGUCCAACUCUGAAACUGCGCCUUUGGUGCUGAGUUACUUUCUGGAAAGGCUUAAGUUGAAGAAAGAAGUGAUUUUGUAUAAUGUUACCUUCAAGGUGUUUAGAAAAUGUAGAGACUUGGACAGAGCCGAGAAAUUGUUUACGGAUAUGAUUGAGAGAGGAGUUAAGCCCGAUAAUGUCACCUUUUCCACCAUAAUUAGCUGCGCCAGGCUGUCUUCUUUACCUGAGAAAGCCGUCCAGUGGUUCGAAAAAAUGCCGUCUUUUGGGUGUGAACCGGAUGAGGUUACCUAUUCUGUGAUGAUUGAUGCGUACGGGAAGGCUGGGAAUGUAAAUAUGGUAUAG